UUUUUUUUUUUUUUUGGUCCUGACCUCGUGGCAUCACUGUUUUGAACUCCCGCGGGGUUGGAAUUUCAGUUUCUCUCCUCACUGAAUAGAAACACAUGCUCACUGCACUCUGCUCUUUUGGAAGUUACUUCUUAAUUAAGGGAAAGAGAUUGUAACCAAACUUUUGAAUACAUCGUAUGUCAGACGCUGAUUGGUGCUAUAGAGAAAAAUGAAAGAACGAGGACAAGGAGUGGGGGAGGGUGUUAGACAGUUAUAAAUAAGGUGAUCAGGGAACCUGUCAUGGAAAUACUGAGCAGAAAUCUGACAGAAGGAAAGGAAUGGGCCAUGUUGUUCCAUGAGAAACGAAAAUAUCAGCAUAGCGGGAGCAGAGUGAGCAAGAUUACCUUAUGCUGGCUACUCUGGAUGAGAAUGAGGAAGUGGUAAAUGGAGGCAAAAAAGGAGCCAUUGAUGACCUUCAACAAGGUGAAUUGGAAGCAUUUAUUCAAAAUCUUAGUUUGGCCAAGUAUGCAAAAGCUUUUAUAAUCGAAGAUGAUGAACCAACUAAAAAGGAAAAUGCCAGCAAAAAAGGAACAAAAGUAGAUAAUAAAAAGCAAAAUGCAGCAGAAUGUGAAAAGACAUCAAUCAGUACGGUGAAAAAUAAGAAGAAGCUGGAUCAAAGUUCUGAUAAGAACAGCAGUGCUGUACCAAAAGUGAAGAAAGAUAAACAACAGGACAUCUUUGAAUUUUUUGAGAGGCAGACAUUGUUACUCAAGCCUGGAGGUAAAUGGUAUGAUCUGGAGUAUAGCAGUGAAUGUUCUUCGGAGCCCCAGCCUCGGGAUGUUGUGUCUAAGUACCAAACUUUGGCUCAGAAGUUAUAUGAACAUGAAAUCAGCUUAUUCAAAAAUAAAACAAAUACUCAAAAGGGAGCCUCUUCUACCUGGAUGAAAGCAAUUGUAUCCUCGGGAACUUUAGGUGAUAGGAUGGCAGCCAUGAUUCUUCUUAUUCAGGAUGAUGCCAUUCACACACUCCAGUUUGUGGAAACUCUGGUGAAUCUUGUUAAAAAGAAGGGUAGCAAACAGCAGUGCCUCAUGGCUUUGGAUACUUUCAAAGAAUUACUCAUUACAGACCUUUUGCCAGACAAUCGGAAGCUACGAAUUUUCAGUCAGCGUCCUUUCAACAAAUUAGAACAAUUGUCCAGUGGCAACAGGGACUCAAGAGAUAGAAGACUUAUAUUAUGGUAUUUUGAACACCAGUUGAAACACUUAAUGGCUGAAUUUGUGCAAGUCUUAGAAACUUUAAGUCACGAUUCAUUAUUAACCACCAAAACUCGAGCACUUACAGUGGCUCAUGAACUUCUUUGCAACAAACCUGAGGAAGAAAAGGCUCUUCUUGUGCAGGUGGUGAAUAAACUGGGAGAUCCUCUGAACAGAAUUGCCACAAAAGCCUCCCAUCUAUUAGAGAUUUUGCUUUGUAAGCAUCCCAAUAUGAAAGGAGUUGUGUGUGGUGAAGUUGAAAGACUUCUCUUUCGCUCGAAUAUCAGCCCUAAAGCUCAAUAUUAUGCAAUUUGCUUUUUAAAUCAAAUGGCCCUUUCCCAUGAAGAAAGCGACUUGGCUAAUAAAUUAAUAACUCUUUAUUUUUGUUUUUUCCGGAGUUGUAUCAAGAAAAAGGAUAUUGAAUCAAAAAUGCUUAGUGCCCUUUUGACAGGAGUGAAUAGGGCAUACCCUUAUUCUCAGACUGGUGAUGAAAAAGUGAGGGAGCAGGUUGACACGCUGUUUAAAGUGCUGCAUGCUGUGAAUUUUAAUACCAGCGUGCAGGCUUUAAUGUUGCUUUUCCAAGUAAUGAAUUCCCAGCAGACAAUAUCAGAUCGAUAUUAUUCAGCAUUAUAUAGGAAGAUGUUGGAUCCGGGAUUGAUAUCAUGUUCUAAGCAAGCCAUGUUUCUUAACCUUGUCUACAAAUCUCUGAAAGCUGACAUCAUGUUGCGCAGAGUGAAGGCUUUUGUGAAGAGGUUGCUUCAAGUGACUUGUGAACAAAUGCCACCAUUCAUAUGUGGAGCUUUAUAUCUUGUGUCUGAGAUCCUUAAAGCAAAACCAGGUUUAAGAAGUCAACUAGACCAUCAUCCGGAAUCUGAUGAUGAAGAAAAUUUUAUUGACAUAGAAGAUGAAGAAGACAUAGAAAAAUUCACUGAUGCAGAUAAAGAAACAGAUACAGAAAAAAAGGUUGAAGAAGAAACUAUGUCUAAAAGUAAUAUGGAAACCAAGAAAUCAGAGUCUGCUUCUUGGGUACACUUUGAUAAUUUGAAAGGUGGUAAACGGUUAAACACAUAUGAUCCGUUUAGCAGAAACCCUUUAUUCUGUGGAGCUGAAAACACAAGUCUUUGGGAACUCAAAAAGUUAUCUGAACAUUUUCAUCCUUCUGUGGCCCUUUUUGCAAACACCAUCCUUAAGGGUGAUUACAUUCAGUAUUCAGGGGACCCACUGCAGGAUUUCACACUAAUGAGAUUCUUGGAUCGAUUUGUUUACCGAAAUCCAAAGCCACAUAAAGGCAAAGAAAACACAGACAGUGUUGUUAUGCAGCCAAAAAGAAAACACUUUAUAAAGGAUAUUCGAAAUCUUCCUGUGAACAGUAAGGAGUUCCUUGCAAAAGAAGAAAGCCAGAUACCAGUGGACGAACUGUUUUUCUACAGAUAUUAUAAAAAAGCUGCAACUAUUAAAGAGAAACAAAAACGUGAUACAGAUGAAGAGAGUAUAGAAGAUGUGGAUGAUGAGGAAUUUGAAAGGAUGAUUGACACAUUUGAAGAUGAUAAUUGUUUUACCUCUGGAAAGGAUGACCUUGAUUUUGCUAGCAACGUGAAAAAGAAAAAAAAAGGAGCAAAGAAGGACCCAGAAGAUGAAGAUUCAGAGGGUAGUGAUGAUGACCUGGAUAACCUGGAUGAUGAUGAAAUUUCUUUAGGAAGUAUGAAUGAAGAAUUUACUGAAACUAACGAAGAUGGAGGAACAUUCAUGGAUUUGUUGGAUGAUGAAAGUGAGGGCAUACUAGAAUCUGAAAAUGAAGUCAGCUCCAAAGUCAGUACUAAAAGAAGCAAGAGAAAAGAUGCAGAUGAUUUUGAUUUUGCUGGAUCAUUUCAAGGACCAAGGAAAAAAAAGAAAAGAAAUUUCAAUGAUUCCAACCUAUUUGUUUCUGCUGAGGAGUUUGGUCACCUAUUGGAUGAAAAUAUGGGUUCUAAGUUUGAUAAUAUUGGCAUGAAUGCCAUGGCUAACAGAGAUAAUGCAAGUCUCAAGCAGCUUAAAUGGGAGGCUGAACGUGAUGACUGGCUACACAACAGAGAUGUAAAAAGUAUCAUCAAGAAAAAGAAAAAUUUCAAAAAGAAGGUGAAAACCACUCAGAAAACUAAGAAGCAAAGAAAAUGAGCAUUUCCUAAAUAAGUUAAAGUUCUACUUACUCCUAAUUUUUGCUGUUCAGCCAUUUUUCUUGAUCUUGCUCUCUGAGUCCAUACAUUCCUGACUGCUCAAUGGAUUUGUAGUAAACUACAAAUAAAAA